GCUCGAGACGACAAUUUGGUAACACCAAUGGCAUUGCCAUAUUUUGAAGGCGAUUUCUGGCCGAAUGUAAUUGAAGAUUGCAUUCGAGAAGUCCAGAACGAGGAGCUCGAACGUAAACGACUUGAAGAAGCGGCACGACAGGAACAGCUAAAUGCCGAAGAUGAAGACGGCGACGAUGUGGUACAUGAUGGCGACAGUGGAAAGACCAAGAAAAAUAGCAAGAAAAAGAAUAACUUGAAAAAAGGGAGCUCCAAGAACAAGAAAAAGGUUUGUUCGCAAACCGGCAAUGAAGUAACCGACAAAUUGUACGUUAAUUUUGAAAAGCAUAAAGAAGUGUUUUUCACCAUACGACUAAUGUCACCUCAGUCGGAACUAUCUGCACAGAACAACGAAAUCAAGGAUCCAGAUCCACUGAUACCGAGUGAUUUGAUGGAUGGACGUGACACAUUUUUGACGCGUGCCCGCGAUGAGCAUUGGGAAUUUUCGUCAUUGCGACGUGCGAAAUAUUCCACAAUAUGCUUUUGUCAUGCCUUACACAACCAGGAGAAAAGUGAAGGACUUUCCUCGGAUAUGAUGAAAAUUCGAUUUUCGCAUUCUGUCAUUUGUAAUAUAUCUUUGUACGUAAAUUUGCGUUUGCAGCGCUGCAUCCAAUCGCUGGUGCAUGCCUGUCAGUGUCGCGAUGCGAACUGUCGCCGCUCAACAUGUCAUAAGAUGAAACGUGUUGUGCAGCAUACCAAGGUAUGCAAGAAACGACAGAAUGCAAACUGCCCGGUCUGCAAGCAGCUCAUCGCCCUGUGUUGCUACCAUGCAAAACACUGCAACGGUAUUUCAUGCCAGGUGGGCUAUUUUGUACCGUUCUGCUUGAAUAUUCGUCAGAAGCUGCAAGAGCAACGCAGAUCGCAGAAUCGUCGCGCUGAUAUGAUGAUGCGCCGACGUAUGGAUAUGCUUUCCAGCGGAUAUGGCGGGACCAAUUCUACUGCUCCAGCACAGUCGACUGCGCCAGCGAGUGGUGGUCUACCACUUUCCCAACCACUGGCAAGCCAUCCUGGUCCUGGACAACUGCAAAGUUACCAGAGUGCAGCACCAGCUAUGCCGCCGCAUAUGCAACACAUGCAAAUUGGACAACCACAGAAUGUAUUGGCAUCGAAUCAGCAGCAACAGCAACAACAGAUGGUGCAAAUGCAACAGCAGCAGCUCCAGCCUCACCAAUUCCAAUCUCAUGGAAAAGGUGGUGGAGUGCAAGCAGGCACACAGAUGCACAUGAUGAGUGGUGUAGCAACAACAAUACCACCACAGACUCAUCCGAUGUCACAAGUUCAACAGCAGCAGCAACCGGCACCACAUCAACAACAGCAGCAGCAGCAGCCAGGCAUGCGCAUGAAUAUGCCAUCACAAAUGGGUGCCAUGCAAAGGCCGGGAGCACCAACAGGAAUGGUAGCGGCACAUAUGCAGCAGCCAAUGAAUCCCCCGCCAUAUGGACGUGGUGGAGCACAAGGAGCCUACGGGAUGUCUGGAACAGCAGCACCCUCAUCUACAUAUGGCGGCGCUGCCACUGGACAACCGAUAAUGAUUGGACAGACAAUGCAGCAAAACACACAACCGCAACCUGUGAUGCAGCAAGGAGUACAAAAUUUGCGUUCAAAAGUGUACUCUGGGCAGCCGAUCGAUCGUGCAGCAUUGCAGCAGGAUCCGCAAAUUCCGCAAGGCCUUAAUCAGCAACAGCUUAUGCAACAACAACAACAGCAGCAACAGCAACAACAACAGCAAGGAAUGUUGAGGCAGCCACAGAUGGUCAGUCAGCAGGGUGGCCAGUGGCAACCGGCCCAACAGCAGUACUACCAGCAACAGCAGCAACAACCGCAAACAUCGCAGUCUGGUGCGCAGCAACAGCCGCGUGGUCCUGGUGGUCAGUAUGCGUCGAUGAGCUCUCAGGGUCAGAUGGGUGGCGCUCCUCCGAUGACUCAACCUCCGCAGCCCCAGUGGCAGCAGCAGUUCCAGAGGACUUCACAACCUGUUAGUCCGGCAAUGCAAUCACAGUUUAAUCAGGUUCGUUCGCCACCCAUCGGACGCUCACCAUCGGUGAGUAACAUGGCACAGCCACCGCUAAUGCAGCCCGGUGCUGCACAGCAAGGAGUUCGUUCGCCACCCAUCGGACGCUCGCCAUCGGUGAGUAACAUGGCGCAGCCAUCGCUAAUGCAGCCCGGUGCUGCACAGCAAGGAGUACAACAGAUGCAGCAAGGACCGGUAAAUCAGGAUCAACAACCCUACAGAUGA